AUGGUUCUGGAACGCAUUCCGGCCCCCCAAAGUGAUCGAAGUGCCGGACGACGAGGAGAAAUGGACCUCACCAUCGUUCCAUCCCAGCUGCAGGACAGCUCACUCGGCUACUAUAUGUCCGUUGGGGGACAAGUAAGCCUUCACGAAUUACUCAAUUUCACUGGAGGUUUGCAGCACCUCAUCCCCCCAACCAUCAGCUUGGAAAACAGCGUGGGGGUCUCUUUCCUGCUCCGGGGAAAUGGCAAGCUUGAUGUGGGCGUAAAGUCUGCCUUGAAGACCCAGCUGAACUGCCGCUAUUUCACCGAGUGGGCGUCGGAGGUGAUGGGCGUGAUGAAAGAACUUUGUGACAGCAAGCAUGAGAUUGGCGUGCAGUUUCAGAUCACGCAGAACAAGUUGGACAGAGACCUGACCCGGAUUACUUACAACAACUUCGUGUGGAGCCUCAACGACCUCCCCACCUGUCCACCAGGAGCGUGGGUGGAUGAGACAUGCGACACGGAUAGCGACUGCCAGGGAGAUCCCAAAUAUGGCCACAAGGGGUAUGGUUUUUGCAAGUCGAUAAACGGACUUCUUCAAACAACUCAAGGUUGCCUCGGCACGUGCAUUCCCCUGAAGAAAGCAGGUGAGAGAUGUGAUUCCUUCACAGCCAGCGAGAUUUGGAAGCAGCUACAUCCCUGGCUUGAGGCAGACAACCUUUGCGAAUCUCAGGAUUGCCUUUGCGGCACGUGUACAGAUGAUAGCCACAAGCUGGCAAUUGGUGAGGGCUGUUCCAAGAAUGCUGACUGCAAGUCUGGGUAUUGUCUCAGCGAGAACUGGCAUGGGACUACGGCAGGCUGUUUGGGAAAAUGCGCCGGUCAAGUGGACGCGGGGGGAGACUGCUCCGCAUCUGCGGCGGGGAUUUGGGGCCUCCCUUGGGAAGAUGCGGGGGCCAUGUGUAGCUCCGGCACAUGCAUCUGCGACACUUGCACGGGCUACGACAGGAAGGCUUCAGAAGGUUCGCCGUGCGCCUCUGAUGAUGACUGUUUCUCAGGUGGUCACUGCGAGAAGGGCCAUCGUGUGAGAGCGGCUCUGUUGAACCUCGGCUGCGGAGGUGUGUGCCGAAGGAAGGCACCCGAAGGGUCGUCCUGCCACAACGAUGCCUCCUGCAUCUCCGGCGAGUGCACCUGCGGAACUUGCGGAGAUUCGAAUGGGCGCGUGGGAUCCGGGAAUUGGUGCCGGAAAAACCGACACUGCAAGAGCGACCAAUGUGGCAGCUGGUGGCAUGUAUGCACAGCUUGCAACUGCUAUUGCCGGCCAUAA